AUGGCACACUCUCUGGCGGCACCACAUCCUGUCCAUUUAGAUCCACUAGAGCUAGAUAUCUUGAAUCGUCGGGAUGCUUUUGGUUUGCCUGGACGAGAGAUCUGUGAUGCUCUUAUUGAGAUCUUCUUCAGCCGGGUAGCACCGAUACUACCCGUGGUAAAUCGCCAUGAUUUCAUGAGAAGAUACCACGAUCCUGCAAAUCGACCGUCGAUUCUAUUACUUCAGGCUAUUUUUACAGUUGCUUCUAGGUUUUUGACAGAUAAUCUGUCCUCAGGUAACUCCGCAAACACUCCACGCGCGUUUUACAAGAAAGCCAAGGCACUCUAUGAUGCCGGUUACGAGCAGGACAACAUAGCAGUUAUCCAGGCUGUCAUUUUGUUAGGCUUAUAUUGGGAUGGACUAGAUGAUCUUGUUGAAAAUGGAAUCUUCUACUGGAGUCGGCUGGGUACUGCUCUAGCCCAGGCCGAGGGCCUUCAUCAAAGUGAAACAUACGUCGAUCUCGAUCCAUCAGAGAGCAGUCUCCGCAAACGAAUUUGGUGGACACUCUAUACUCGGGACCGGUCCGUAGCUGCAGCCUUCGGACGCCCGAUUCAUAUCAAUACGGACGAUUGUACAGUCGGAGAACUGACGGUGACUGAUUUUGUGGAGCACGAUGAAUAUCUUCAACUCGAGUACCCAGUAGAUGUCACCCACGCUCGAUUUUUCAUUGAAUAUGUCAAGCUCUGUCAGUUGAUGGAUCUAGGCUUGUGUUUAAAGCUCUCCUCCAGAUCAACGCACGACAGCCGAAACGCUGAGGCCGCCCAGUGUGAACUUGGCUUGAAUGAGUGGCUUGUGUCCUGUCCCGCGGAGCUUCACUGGCGACAAGCCCGUCACUCGUUCUUACCGGCAGUCUUGUUUUCGCAGUUCUACACAAUCGUGUGCCAGUUACAACUACUGCAAGAGCCAUGCUCUUCCAGCGAGUCUCAACGCUCUGCAUUCAACGCUGCAUCCACGGUCAUUUCAAUCCUAGAAACUCUUCAGUCCCAUGGAGAGCUACGAUACGCGCCUUCUUUCACGUAA